AUGGUGACAGCAGCUGAAGACAGUACGGUCCGGGUGGUGGUGCGGGUGAGGCCCCCCACACCUCGGGAGCUAGAAGGGCAGCGGCCGCCUGUGCUCCAAGUGGUGGAUGACCGGGUGCUGGUGUUUGACCCUGAGGAACUUGCAGAGGGCCCUCCUGCCCCCAAGUGGGGCAGCGCCCACAGUGGCCCAAAGAGGAAGAACAAAGACCUGACAUUCAUCUUCGACCAGGUCUUCGGGGAGGGGGCCACACAACAGGAUGUGUUCCAGCACACUACCCAUGGCCUCCUGGACAGCUUCCUGCAGGGCUACAACUGCUCAGUGUUUGCCUAUGGGGCCACCGGGGCCGGGAAGACGCAUACCAUGCUGGGGCAGCGUGGGGACCCUGGCAUCAUGUACCUGACCACCAUGGAGCUGUACCGGCGCCUUGAGGCCCUGCAAGAGGAGAAGCAAUUUGAGGUGCUAGUCAGCUACCUGGAGGUCUACAAUGAGCAAAUCCAUGACCUCCUGGAGCCCAAGGGGCCCCUGAACAUCCGUGAGGACUCUGACAAGAGCGUGGUGGUACAGGGCCUGUCCUUCCACCAGCCUGCCUCGGCCGAGCAGCUGCUGGAGAUGCUGAGCCGGGGCAAUCGCAGCCGCACACAGCACCCUACUGACGCCAACGCCACGUCCUCCCGCUCCCAUGCCAUCUUCCAGAUCUUCGUGCGGCAGCAGGACCGCGUGCUAGGGCCGACACAGGCCUUUCAGGUGGCCAAGAUGAGCCUGAUUGAUCUGGCAGGCUCAGAGCGGGCAUCCAGCACCCAUGCCCGUGGUGAGCGGCUGCGGGAAGGGGCCAACAUCAACCGCUCCCUGCUGGCGCUCAUCAGCGUCCUCAAUGCCCUGGCUGAUGCCAAGGGCCGCAGGGCUCAUGUGCCCUACCGGGACAGCAAGCUAACCCGCCUGCUCAAGGACUCCCUUGGGGGCAACUGCCGCACUGUCAUGAUCGCCAACGUGAGCCCUGCGGGCCUGGCCUAUGAGGACACUUACAACACCCUCAAGUACGCCGACCGGGCCAAGGAGAUCCGGCUCUCGCUGAAGAGUAACGUGGUCACCCUGGAUUGUCACGUCAGCCGCUAUGCCACUAUGUGUCAGCAGCUGCAGGCUGAGGUGGUGUCCCUGAGGAGGAAGCUGCAGGAGCUGGAGGCACGGGCACCGGCCCCACUGCACUCCCUCUCACUGCCCGGCCAGCCCUGCACCCCAGAGUGUGGAACCCUUGGAGACCAGAGCCCUGGGGCAGAAGCCCAAGAGCUGCCGGCGCUGGAAGGCAGCUCUGCAGGCCUCAGCCAGGACGGAGGUGGAGCCGAGGUUCCAGGCCUGGUGCCCGAGCUGAUCCGCAGACGCUCAGUUUCCAGGGAACGCCAUGGGCUGCUGGCCCUCCGGGUACUGCGCCUGGCCCAGCAGCAGUAUGUGCUGCUCCAGGCCGCUGACCUGCUCACCCCAGACCUGACUAUGGAACUGGAGACGCUGCAGCAGCUGGUGCAGGAAGCAGCCAGUGACUCCAGGGUGCAGAGCUGCAGGACACCAGGCGUGGCUCAGGAGCUAUAUCCAGAGCUUCGGUCUCCAGGCCAUUGUGGCCCCAUGACCCGGACCAUGGCAAGGCGACAGAGCAGCCUCAUGCACAACCUGGGGGUCCCCCUUGGGUCCGACAGCACUCCAGUCCCAGUGUCCCAACAGCCCACGGAGAAGAAGAGGCGGAGACCAAGCCCUAGUGAGCCUGACAGUCCACUGGCAGCAGGGCAGGAGGCCAAGCGCCAGCGCCAGUCCUCCCUGCCCUGCCCAAGGCCAGGGUGGCUACCCGAGCCCUGCACCUCCAUAGGAGCCCAGGCCCCUACGACCUGCCACUCCCUUCGCCCCUGCCCAGCCACUGUCGUCAAAUGCCGCCACCGCCGGGCACCCCUGGGCCCUUCAGCCCUGCAGAACUGUUCUACACCCCUGGUGCCGCCUAUCCUGGACCUCAACACCACCAUUGACCUCUCAGAGGAGCUGCCUUCAACACUCAGCUUCGAGGAGUUUGCCCCCCAGGAGCAGCCCAGGUUGGGCCAGGCCUUUCUUGCCAGGCCAGCAGCCCUGUUCACUGCGAGGGGUCCCAAGCCCACGUCCUCCUUGCCCAGGGCCACAGCCUGCAGGAGGAAGAGGUGCCCAGCGAGCUCCUCCAUUCCCCAGGGCCGCAGCCGCAUUGCCCGCCUACCUAGCAGCGCCUUGAAGAGGCCAACGGGGCUCUUUGCCAUCCCAGAGCCACCCUCUAGGCUGAAGACCCAGGAGAAACUGGCUGGGGUUGGGAGGCUGCUGCCAGCUGAGGGCUGCAUUGCCCAGGUGUCCUGA